CCUAAUAUCCAUCGUCUCUUAUCUUCUAUAGCUACAACCAAAAGAAAAUGUCCAAAUUUGAUCCUUACAACCAUCUGAGUAUAAUUCUUAACCCCGACGGGACUCUCACUCGUAACUACAAUGCUCCGACGGUCAAUUCAAGCCCUGAGCCCACGCCGGGCGACUCUGCCGUCUCCAAAGAUGUCACUCUCAACGUUGAGAAGAAAUCCUGGCUUCGCAUUUACCGGCCGACCAAACUUCCGUCCAACGACAACAUGGUGGCCCGGCUUCCGAUCAUAAUCUACUUUCACCACGGAGGUUGGAUUCUCCUUAGUGCGGCUGACGUUAACAUCCACACAAACUGCUCACAACUCGCUGGCGACAUCCCUGCCAUCGUUGUCUCUGUAAACUACCGCCUCGCUCCUGAGAGUCGCCUGCCGGAGCAAUACCACGACGCAAACGACGCCGUAUUGUGGGUUAAACAACAAAUAAUUGAUCCAAAAGGAGAGAAAUGGAUAAGAGACUAUGGAGAUCCUUCAAGAUGUUAUCUCUAUGGAUGUGGCUGUGGAGGGAACAUUGUGUUCAAUUUGGGUAUGAAAGUUUCAGAGUUAAAAUUAGAGCCAUUGAGGAUUCAAGGAAUAAUAAUGAACCAACCCAUGUUUGGAGGAGUGAAGAGGACGAAGUCGGAGCUGCGAUUCGCUACGGACGAGCUCUUACCACUACCUGUGGUGGACUUGAUGUGGGACCUAGUGCUGCCGAAACAAGCCGAUAGGGACCACAGAUAUUGUAAUCCUCUGUUGGAAGGUCCACACAAAGAGGCCAUAGGGAGGCUGGCAAAAUGCCUUGUCAUUGGCUUUGGUGGAGAUAUCAUGAUUGAUCGCCAGCAAGACCUUGUGAUCAUGCUUGUGAACUGUGGGGUCCAGGUGGAUGCGAGGUUUGAUCCAGUGGGGUUCCACAAUGUUGAUAUGGUGGACUCUCGGCGAGCUAGUGCAGUUGUGAAUAUCGUUAAGGAAUUUAUUCUUUGAAUUGUAUAGUCUUAGCUUGUGUGGAACUCGAACUCGAUUACCUUUGACAGUAUAA